UUUUAUGGAAACUCUAUCUAUAGGGGACUUGGCUCAAUUUUAUGUACUGUAAGGAGUGUCGGAUUGGGACCGUCAAGGAGUGUGGGUUGGGAAAAGUUGGGUCUGGUUUCUGGUCAGGUUUUAAAGAUUCUCUUCGGCUCGGGGAUUCGUUUAGACAUCGGGUUUGGGUUAUGGGUUUCGGGAAUCAGUUUGGAGUUUGGAUCGAGUCAGUUGCUCGGAGUGCCUGUUAGGGAAAAAUUGGGUCGGGUUUCUGGUCAUGUUUUCAAGAUUCUCUUCGGCUCGGGGCUCGAUUGGGUUUCGGAAAUUGGGGUUUCGGAAAUCAGGUCUGGGGUUUGGAUCGGGUCAGUUGGGCGGAGUCUAUCAUCGACAAAAUAUGAUAGGAUAUAGUAUUACAACGGAUGUAGUAUCAUCUAACGUACUUCU